AUGUUUGACCUGGGGUUCACCCUGGCGUGGGAGAGCUUCCCGAACGACUACAUGCACCUGCUGCAGGGGGCGGCGCCGCUGGCGGAGCGCGUGGUGUCAAUGCAGGGCGCGACGCGGCGCUACUGGGCGCGCCACGGCAUGAGGCUCUUGGAGGAGGGCGUCACGCUGCAGCUGCUGCGCCGCGCGCUGGUCACGAUCAUGACCCGUUGGUGCCAGGGCCCCGCCGGCGGUCUGGGCGGCGGCAACAUGGCGCUGGUGCCCGCCUAUGACAUGCUCAACCACCGCAACGACUGCCCGGUCCACUAUGACUUUGAGCCCUGCCCCCAGGCCGGCCGCGGCGGCCCCGCGCGCGCGACCUGCUGCGUCAUCCGCACGGCGGCCCCCAUUCGAAAGGGAGAGGAGGUCUGCCUGUCCUACAACUACCUGUCGCCCGAUAUGGCGCUCUUCCACUACGGGUUUGAGCUGCCAGAUCGGGGGCAGCAGGCCGCAGGGCCGCCGGCAGCCCGCGCGGGCGGGCAUUGGGGCAGCGAGGAUGGGGCGGCAGAGGGGGUGCAGGCCAAGAGUGCGGCAGCGUCGCCGGCGCCGGCGCUGAGCAUAAUCGAUACCCACGGGUUCGACCCCUCGGACCUGCGCCGCCCGCACGACGGGCCGCCGCCGGUUUUCCAAGGUGAAGAGGCUUGA